AUGGAUGAAGAUUUGUACGAUGAGUUCGGUAAUUUCAUUGGGGAUCCAAUGCAAUUAAUCGAUUCUGAUGAUGAUAGUUUGGAAGAAGUAGGAGAGCAGGAAGCUCAACAUGAAUUACGGCAAAAGAUAGUCGAGGCUGACUCUACCGAUGUGGUACUUCGAGAUGUGAACCGUGAUUUCGAUGAUGAUGUUGAAGUUUUGUUGGAAGUGGAAGAUAGAGAACCUGAGAAACCAUUGAUUGGGGACGAUUCGAAAUCAUAUAGCGAAGCUGUUAACAGGAAAGUACCUAAAGCACUAUUUGACAGAGGGUACUUGAAAAGCCUUUUCUCGAUACCAGAACGUCAGUUAAAUGUUGGAAUUUUCGGGGCGCUACAUUGUGGUAAGACUUCUUUCACGGAUAUGUUUGCGUUAGAUACUCAUCGCAAUCUUCCGUCCUUGACAAAAAAAGUUAAGGAGGGAUGGGUACCGUUUAGGUACCUCGACCAAGCGAGGAUAGAAAAGGAACGUGGUAUUUCGCUUAGAUUGAAUGGUAUGUCGUUUGCAUAUGAAUCGUCAAGAGGACGUACGUAUGCAGUGACGAUGUUGGACACACCUGGACAUGUAAAUUUUUGGGACGAUGUCGGUAUUGCUUUGACUGCUUGCCAAUAUGGUGUAAUCAUCGUUGAUGUGAUAGAAGGAAUUACUUCUGUAGUUUCCAAACUGAUAAGAGAAUUGAUAAGUAAUGGGAUCCCCUUUAUCAUCGUUCUUAACAAAAUUGAUAGAUUAAUUUUGGAUUUGAGACUUCCUCCUACAGACGCAUACAGCAAACUACAAUAUAUCGUGAACGAAAUAAACACAUAUACCAAAGAAAGAUUCUCACCGGAGCUAGGUAAUGUACUCUUUGCCAGUACCAAGUUUGGAUUCUUAUUCUCUGUGGAGUCUUUUGUGAACUCAUUUUACGCUAAAUCGUUAAAGGAUAAGACAGAACAAUUUGCUGCUCAACUUUGGGGUCAAAUUAAUUACAGAGAAGGAGCAUUCUACCAAACAGAAUUUAUUACGGACAACAUUGCAUUCAUUCAGUUUAUUUUACAACCUUUAUACAAGGUUUUCACUCAUACAUUAUCUGCAUCCGAGGAAGAACUAAGAACAGUCAUCGAAACCAAUUUUCAAAUCAGGCUUUCAGAUGAGAUUCUAUCAAAGGAUCCUCAGCCGCUACUUUUUAGCGUGUUUCAUGCUAUACUACCGCACUAUCACUGCUUCAUCGAUGCUAUUGUUUCAACACAGGACCACAAAAUCAACAACUUAUCAUCCGAUGAAAGCACUGUUGUACAUGUAUUGAGACACAUGAGCCUGGAAGGUUCCAAGUGGUCCCUUUGUCGGAUAAUAGAGGGCUCAGUGAAAAAAGGCAACAAACUCUAUAUUUUCAAUGAGUCCGUAGACUCUGUAGUAGAUUUUGGUGAUGAUGAAUACUCCAAGGUUACUAUUGAGCGUGUAGCCUUAAUGGGAGGUAGGUAUGUCUACGAACUCGAGGAAGCAAUAAAAGGACAGAUUGUACUUUUAAAAGGUUUUGAAGAUCAGUAUACGAAAUAUGCAACUUUGUCUUCGAGCUUGAUGAACCCGCUAGCACCAAUUAACUAUCUCAACGAAUCGGUGUUCAAAUUCGCCAUACAGCCUCAGAAACCAAGUGAACUACCGAGACUAUUGAACGGUCUUCAACAAGCAAACGAAUUGUACCCUGCAUUAGUGGUUAGAGUUGAAGAAAGCGGCGAAAACAUCAUAAUUGGAACAGGAGAACUUUACCUUGAUUGCGUGAUGGACGAAUUACGGAAAAAAUUCUGUGAAAUUGAGAUCAAAGUAAGCCAACCGCUUGUGCAAUUCACGGAAAGUUGUCAGAACGAAUCGUUCGCGUCAAUUCCUGUAAAGUCAAACAACGGUGUAGUAUCACUCAGCGUUAUGGCCGAAAAAUUAGAUGGAAAGAUAGUACACGAUUUGACGCAUGGUGAAAUCGACAGUUCAGAAUUGAAUAACAUGAGAAAGUUCUCCAAACGUCUAAGAACCGAGUAUGGAUGGGACUCAUUGGCAGCUAGAAACUGCUGGGAUUUAUCAAAAUGUAAUGUAUUCAUUGACGAUACUCUACCUGAUGAAACGGAUAAGCAACUACUCAAGAAAUAUAAAGAAAACAUUUUACAAGGGUUUGAAUGGGCUGUGAAAGAAGGACCAUUGGCUGAUGAAACAAUCCAUGCAUGCCAAUUUAAACUCUUGCAAUUCAAGGUACAAGAAGACAGCAUCGAAGAUAUCAUCCCAUCUCAACUAGUGCCAAUGACGAGAAAGGCAUGUUACAUUGCGCUAAUGUCUGCUACUCCAAUUAUCAUGGAACCCAUCUAUGAAGUCGAUAUUAUCGUAUCGGGGGUAUUGGAGUCUGUGAUUCAGAAUUUAUUGAAGAGACGCAGAGGUGGAAGAAUUUACAAGACAGAAAAGAUAGUGGCAUCACCAUUCAUAGAAAUAAAGGCUCAAUUACCUGUCAUCGAGUCGAUUGGAUUUGAGACAGAUCUUCGUGUUGCGACCGCCGGUAGCGGAAUGUGUCAAAUGCACUUUUGGAAUAAAAUAUGGAGAAAAGUGCCAGGUGACGUACUUGACGAAGAAGCCUUCAUACCGAAGUUGAAACCAGCGCCUGCUGCAAGCCUAAGCAGGGACUUUGUGAUGAAGACAAGACGUCGCAAGGGUUUAUCUGAAAGUGGUCACAUGACUCAAGACGGGCCAUCAUUAAAGAAAUACAUUGAUCAAGAUCUAUUCAAGAAGUUGCAACAAAAACGAUUUGUAUAG